GGACUGAUUCUGUCCAGUUCCAGUAUCACUUUUAGUCCCGUCGCCGGAGCCGACGCGAGUGACUGACUGUGUAGGGUUAAAAGAUCAUCGACGGACGAAAUUCCUUCCAAGACUUUCCUAAAUCUAAAUGCAAUGCAACACACGGACCCAGAAAAGGAAGGGAAGCUCCGACGGUUGCAGGAGAGCGUAGAGGCCCAUCCAGAUGACCCCUCCCUUCGCUUCCAACUGGGAGUGUUGUUGUGGAAAGAGUGGGAUGACAAGGAGAAAGCGGCAGAGCAGUUCCUAGUCGCGGCAAAAUUGAAGCCUGAGAUUGAAAAGGGAGGGGCAUUCACAUAUCUAGGGCUUUAUUACGCGGGUCUUGGCUCCGAGUCCCACACCCAGAGAGCUCUCAAGUGUUUCCAAAAAGCUGUCUCUCUCAAUCCCGAUGACUCCCUUUCUGGGGAAGCCUUGUGUGAUUUGUUGGACCAACAAGGAAAGGAGAGCUUGGAGGUGGCCGUGUGCCGGGAGGCUUCCCAAAAUUCACCCAGGGCCUUUUGGGCUUUUCAGAGACUGGGUUACUUGCAGCUCCAUCAAAACAAAUGCUCUGAUGCUGUCCACAGUCUUCAACAUGCCAUUCGAGGCUAUCCUACCUCCGCACAUCUCUGGGAGGCUCUUGGCCUUGCGUACCAGCGACUAGGCAGGUUCACUGCUGCUUUAAAGUCCUAUGGAAGAGCCAUCGAAUUGGAGGGUACAAGAAUAUUUGCGUUGCUUGAAAGCGGAAACACCUUUUUGAUGCUUGGUUGCUAUAAAAAGGGAGUUGAGACAUUUCAGCAAGCUUUAGAGAUCUCCCCCAAAAGUGUCUCUGCACACUAUGGGCUUGCUGCUGGGAUGCUUGGUUUGGCCAAGGAAUGCAAUAAAUUGGGAGCAUAUAGAUGGGGAGCUACAGUGCUAGAGGAGGCAUCUAGAGUUGCCUGGAUUAGCACUCAAUUAGCUGGAAAUUUGUCAUCUAUUUGGAAACUGCAUGGUGACAUACAGCUUACUUAUGCAAAGUGUUAUCCAUGGAUGGAGGAGGGAAAUGGUUUAGAAUUUGAUAUGGAAUCUUUUGAUAAUUCCAUCCUUUCAUGGAAACGUACCUGCUGUUUGGCUGCGAAAACUGCCAGGUGCUCUUAUCAACGAGCUUUACACUUGGCCCCAUGGCAAGCUAAUAUGUAUACUGACAUUGCAGUAACUUCAGAUCUCAUAGACUCUUUAGACAACAGUUCUGGACAUGACUUAAGUGCUUGGCAGCAAUCAGAGAAGAUGGCUUUGGGAGCCUUGUUACUUGAGGGUGACAAUUCUGAGUUUUGGGUAGCCUUGGGAUGUUUGUCUGAUCAUAAAGCAUUGAAACAACAUGCUCUAAUCAGGGGAUUGCAAUUGAAUGUAUCUCUAGCUGUUGCUUGGGCAUACCUAGGGAAGCUUUAUAGAAAACAAGGUGAGAAACAAUUUGCUAGACAAUCAUUUGAUUGUGCCAGAAGUAUAGAUCCUUCACUUGCUUUACCAUGGGCAGGCAUGUCAGCUGAUUUUCAUGCUGGAGAGUCUGCAGUCGGAGAAGCUUACGAGAGCUGCUUACGAGCUGCACAGAUAUUGCCUCUUGCCGAAUUCCAAAUUGGUCUUGCAAAGCUUGCUCUUGCUUCAGGGAAUCUUUCAUCUUCACAGGUCUUUGAAGCCAUCAGGCAGGCCAUGCAGCGUGCACCUCACUAUCCUGAAUGCCAUAAUUUGAACGGGCUAGUUUCUGAGGCACAAUGCAAUUAUCAGUCUGCUGCCGUUUCUUAUAGACUAGCACGCUGUGCAAUCACCAAUUUGUCAGGCAGUGACAGAAAGUCGCAUAUGACGGAUAUAUCUGUCAAUUUGGCCCGAUCCCUUAGUAAGGCAGGGAAUGCUCUAGAUGCUUUGCACGAAUGUGAAGAUUUGAAGAAAGAAGGGUUGCUCGACGUGGAAGGUUUGCAAAUAUAUGCUUUCUCCUUGUGGCAACUUGGUGAGACUAACCUGGCUCUUUCUGUGGUAAGAAGUCUGGCUGUGAGCGUUUCUACAAUGGAGCAAAAAUCUGCAGCUGGCCCUGUUGUUUUUAUCUGUAGACUCCUUUAUUAUAUUUCUGGACUGGAUUCAGCCAUCAAUAGCAUUCUGAAGAUGCCAAAGCAACUAUUUCGGAGUUCGAAGAUCAGUUUCAUAGUAUCUGCUAUUCAUGCUCUAGAUCAAAGUAAUCGUCUUCAGUCUAUUGUGUCAAGCGCCCGUGACUAUCUUAAGUCUCAUGAAGAGAUAACUGGAAUGCACUUUUUGAUAGCACUUGGUAAACUAGUAAAACAUGGAUCAGAAUGCUGUCUUGGAUAUCAAAGCGGAGUUAAUCACCUUAGGAAAGCUCUUCAUAUGUAUCCUAACAGUAGCUUAUUAAGGAAUUUUCUUGGUUAUCUUUUGUUGUCCACUGAAGAAUGGAAUGAUACCCACAUUGCAACUAGGUGUUGCAAUGUUGAUACUAUGAAUCCAAUUGAAGGUGGCUUAAAAUCAGCAUAUGAAAUUCUUGCUGCAGGAGCAGUUGCUUGCUAUGCUGUUGGCACUUGCAAUCCCAAGUUCUCUUACCCAACAUGCACAUACCAGUGCCUGAAUGAACCUGGAACCAUCCAGCAACUACAGAAAUGUUUACGCAGAGAACCAUGGAACCAGAACAUAAGGUAUUUGCUUGUUCUCAAUUUACUGCAGAAGGCACGUGAAGAGAGAUUUCCUUGCCAUCUUUGUAUUAUACUUGAGCGGCUAAUAACUGUAGCUCUUUCCGAUGAAUUUUAUCAUAAUGAUGACUCAUCUUAUGAAUAUAAGAAAUUCCAGCUUCUACUUUGUGCUUCUGAGAUCUGUUUGCAAGGUGGUAAUUUGACUGGCUGUAUCAACCAUGCCACAAAUGCUUCAUCGAUUAUGCUCCCUGAUGGCUAUCUUUUCUUUGCACACUUGCUACUACUCCGUGCCUAUGCCUCAGAAGGUAAUAUGGUAAACCUUCAAAAAGAGUAUAUAAGAUGCUUGCAGCCCAAGACAGAUCUUCAUAUUGGUUGGAUAUGUCUAAAACUCAUGGAGUCUCGUUAUGAAGUGCAAACUGACUUGGAUAUGUUAGAACUGAGCUUCAGAGAAUGCCCAACAGAGUCAAUGAAUUCACGGAAUAUGUGGGGGGCUAUAUUCAGUCUGGUGAAAGGCUUGAUUUGUAUAUGGAACCAGGACAUUGUUUCUGCAGAAGAGUUUCUUGCACAAGCUUGUUCAUUGGCGGGUGCUGAGUGCAGCCUCCUGCUUUGUCAUGGUGCCACCUGUAUGGAGCUUUCCCGCCGGGGGUGUGCUUCACAGUUCUUAUCACUUGCCAUAAGGAGUCUUGUUAAAGCUCAAGAAGCUUCUCUCAUUCCCUUACCAAUUGUCUCAGCAUUACUAGCGCAAGCAGUAGCAAGUCUUGGCUCAAAAGAGAAGUGGGAGAAGAACCUCCGUCUUGAAUGGCCCACUUGGCCGCCAGAAAUGAGGCCUGCUGAGCUGUUCUUCCAGAUGCAUUUGCUUGCAAAACAGUCAAAAGCUAGUCCACAAUCUUCUAGUGUGGAGUUUUGUCAGAGUCCGCAAAGAUGGGUUCUUCGAGCAAUUCAUACAAACCCUUCUUGUAUGAGAUAUUGGACGGUUUUGCAGAAGUUUGUGGAAUGAGUUGCAAAGGGCAGAGACAAGAUAUGCUUUUCGUAUCCCGGACCAUAUAUAGUACGCCUCCUACUGCAGUGUAACCUUGAUAUAAAAUUUUAGUCAGCUAAUCUAUUCUCGAUUGCGUACCAUAUCGAGAGCCACCUGCAUCCUGAGAGCUCUCUGGUUUUCCAACUAGGUACAUUAUGCCACCAUGCUUGCAUGUAAAUUAUGGAAAUUUUUGGUAGCUUGUCGCUACAAAUUUAGGUUGAUUCAGUCAUACAGGAAUAUCAUACUGUUUCAUAACAUCUAAUUAGAUAUAGAAUUGUAUGGACCUUGGAUCAUACUCUGGCUCUUGUAAUAUUAUGGAAUUCCGUUUGUGUU